AUGGAGGACGCGCUGAAGCGGGCUCAGGGCAACGCAGUGCUGCAGCCAGCCGGGCCCUCGGGCAGAGCCUGCAUCAGCCUGGGCCGGAGCUAUGACGGACCGCAGCCUGGUGUUCGUGAGGAGCAGCUGCUAGGGGGAGUUGUGGUUGGGUGGGGAUCGGGGGUGCCAGGGCUGGGCGUGUGGAGCUGUCGGGAGCGGUAUCCCAGGGUUGUGCCAGUCCGCAUGUGGCAGCAGGACCAGGGCGAUUAUUGUUAUGAACAAAAAAAUCUUCACCUUCAGAACCAGCAACUUAGAGAGAAGAUGAAGAAAGAAGAGAGCACAGUUGGUAAAGGACAAAGGCAAAUGGAAGUCCAGUUUGUGGAUCAGUUUGGCUUUCAUACAGUUACCUACUGUGUCCUGGUCCUUCAGGUGAACAACUGGCGCAGUGACUGGGUGAGUUUCUUUGCCAGAUAAAGGAUCCAUCCCCAGAUGGACCUGAUUGAAAGGAGCUCAGGAGACAGGGAAUCAAGAGAACUUUGGGCACAGCUUCAGGAACAAAUACCCAGUUUUUUCUGUGGUGUAGAAAUCGUUCAUUCUCUCCUGCAUGGGGAUCUCUGGAGAGAAAAUGUAGCUGAGGAUGAUUCUGGUCCGAUUAUCUUUGAUCCAGCUUCUUUCUGCCAUUCAGAGCAUGAUUUUGCAAUAGCUGGGAUGUUUGGUGGCUUCAGCAGUUCUUUUUAUUCUGCUUAUCACAGUAAAAUCCCUGGAGCCGCAGGGUUUGAGAAACACCUGAAGAUUUAUCAGCUGUUCCACUACAUGAACCACUGGAACCAUUUUGGUUCAGUUUGUGAGCAUUAG